AUGUGCGAUUGUCCGUUAUUCACUAUAAGUGGGGAAAUGUUAACAAAUGCGCCAUCCCUACUGCAAGCAAGGCAAGUGACACGUGGCGUCAAAACAUUUAAUAAUUUAAAAUUGGCGAAGAAUUACCACAAUAUUAUCCUCACAGGAAACUCCCUUAUAGCAAACUUGGAGAGGCAUCCCAGUUGGGACAAGUUUCAAACAUUUCAAACUGCAAAUUUUGGAAUUGGAGGCGAUAAAGUGGAAAAUGUUCUUUAUCGUUUAAAAAACGGCGAAAUAUCAAAUCUGAAAACUAAAAUUGUGGUUAUAUUGGCAGGAACAAACAACACGAAACAUAGCAAACCGCACGAAAUUUAUGAAGGAAUUAUUAAAUGUGUGAGCAUUAUUAAAGAAUUGCUUCCGAGUGCUCGCAUCAUUUUACCCACCAUGCUUCCAAGAGGAAGAGUACCAAAUGCCCAACGCGAUUGCCUGCAAGUCGUAAACAGUUUAUUAAUCAAUUUAACAAGAUAA